AUGAAGAUGUCCAUGUACCUUCACCGCCAAACCUCUGCAGCACAGUUGACAGGCAUAAUGUCCAAAGUGGAGAAAGCAGCUCAGGAGUCCUGGACCGAGCGCGAUUUGGCCGAGCUGGAGAGAAAACUAGGAGAAACAGUGGAGAGAGCCCUUGAAGUCCUUCAGGAGAAGCUGGAGAGGAUUCUGAGUGAGAAACUGGACACCUUACAGAGCCAUGUGGAAGCUGACCACCGUGCAGCAUCCCCUUCAGAAGAACCAAACAGCACAUUGACUUCCACCAUCCAGAUCCUCUCCCAAGAAGUUCAAUCUCUCCAGAGAGCUUUGGAGAUCAUGAAGGUACACAUGCAGCGUGACUGCCAGCACUCUGCAACAUUGCCUGAGGACAUAAUGUCCAAACUGGAGAAAACAGACCAGGACCUGGUCUCCUGGUUUAAGAAAAAUGUAACAGAGCUGGAGAAGAAAUUAGGAAAGGCAGUGGAGAGCACCACUACAAAGGCCCUGGAAGUCAUUCAGGAGAAGGUGGAAAGGAUCCUGAGUGAGAAACUGGCCACCUUCCAGAGGCAUGGGGAAGCAGCCAACAUUGCAGCACUUGCUCCACAGGAAGCAACCAGCACUUCCCCUCCAACCCUCCAGAACAUCUCCCAAGAAGUUCGAGCUGUGCAGAGAUCUUUGGAGAGCAUGCAGGCAUCCAUGCAGCAUUACCACCAGCACUUUGCAGCAGAGCUGCAGGGCAUAAUGGUCAAAGUGGAGAAAGCGGACCAGGGGUCCUGGUCCAACAGCUACUUGGCAGAGCUGGAGAAAAAGCUAGCCAGCAAAAUCAAGACAAAGAAAUCCAGGGAAAAAUAUGGACGUGGAAAGGCACUGGAAAGAAACACCACAAUGGCCCCGGAAACCAUUCACAAGCUGGAGUGUAUUCUGAGUGAGAAACUGGCCACUUUACAGAGACAUGUGGAGGCAGCUAACCAUUCAACACCUGCUUCAAAGGAAGAAAUCAGCACCUCCGCCUUCCAGAAACUCUCCCAAGAAGUUCAAGCUGUGCAGAGAUCUUUGGAGAGCAUGCAGGCAUCCCUGCAGCAUGACCACCAGCACGCCACAGCACAGCUGGAUUUCUUGUACCUCAGAGAGAAGAAUGCAGUCCAGGAGUACACGACUGACAGCAGAAUGGCUGAGCUGCAGAGCAAACUAGAGUUUGCCAAAAUGCAGCGUUACUCAGUUGAUGUCACCUUGGAUGCUGACACGGCUCAUCCAAGGCUGAAGGUGUCUCAAGAUGGCAAGAGUGUGGAAGACAAUGGUAAAAUCAGAAAUGUGCCCAGGACAGGGAAGAGAUUUGACUCCCACCUCUUUGUUUUGGCAAAAGAAGGAUACACAUCUGGAAAACGCUAUUGGGAAGUUGAUGUUGGAGAGAAAAAGAACUGGGAAGUGGGCAUUGCCCGAGAGACUGUGACUCGCAAUGGCACACUGACUCUGUCCCCACAGAAGGGCUUCUGGGUCAUAGGGUUAAUGGAUAGGCAGGACUAUUGGGCCCGCACAGAGCCUUGGACCCGCUUGGCUGUGAGUGGGAAACUCACAAGGAUUGGGAUCUUCCUGGACACCACAGCCAAGAAGUUGUCAUUCUUUAAUGUCCAGAAGGAAACAGCUAUGUACACUUUCUCCCUUGGUGAAGACAGCAGCCAGGAAGGGAAGUUCUUUCCCUUCUUCUCAACAGGCUCCAUUUCUGCAAAGCAUGACGCUCACUCCCUGAAAAUAGUCCAGCGAUUUGAUGAAUGA